UGCAGUGACCGGGCGGGCCUGAGGGGGCGGCAGAGAGUCCUGCAGUCUGCCGGUCUGAAGCUGCAGAAGAAGAAGCUGCUGCGGGUCCACGUGGGUCAACAACAUGUCUCCACCUGGAGGGAAGAUCAACCGCCCGAAAACCGAGCUCGGGAGGAAGCUUUUCAAGCGGCGGCGAGUUCUGAGCAAAGAGAAGAGGAAGAAGCAUCAGAUCGUCGGAGCGGUGAUCGAUGAAGGCCUCAUCACCGUCCAUCACCUGAAGAAGAGGAAGUCGAGUCCUCGAGCCAACAUCACGCUGUCCGGGAAGAAGAGACGCAAACUGCUCAAACAACUGCAGCACAUGCAGCAGGAGAAGGGCGGGAUGGACGUUGAAGUCGUAGCGGCACCACCGAAGAAGAACGAGGACUUGUCGAGUGCUCCAGCGACAAAGAAGACGAAUAAGAAGAAGAAGAAGAGAGCGGCCGGCGGUCAGCGGGACGUGGAGAUGGCCGACAUGGAGUGAAGACACGACGGACUCGUCUGUUGUUUCAUCGUUAAUGAACUUUGAGAAGAGACGUUAAGUCUGUCUGAGUCAGUUUGUUUCUAUGGAAACCUGCUGAGGCUGCAGAAGGACGCUAUGGAAGACCACGAACGCCACGAGAAGAAGAAGAUGAACGUAAAGAGAAAGUUCUGACUUCAGUGAGGGCGUCCAAACUUUACCAGAGAAAUAUCUAAAUGUUUUUCUGAGAAAUGAAACGAAGAAAUCAUAAUUUGACUGUUUUUGUUUUUGUUUGUGAGAAUCUCACUGAGCUGAUUUUAUUUUGUCUUCGUGUUUCUGUGUUUGUCACUGUGGAUUCACAAUAAAGAAAAAAGACUGUU